UUCAACUUAGAUGAAGCAAAUAACACUGAAGAAAAAUUGACUAAAAAGGCGAAUUACUUGACAGUCCAAGUUGAUCAACUCACUGAUGAGAAGAAGAAGAAUGAGCAAGAUUUGGAGAAAUUGGACAAAAUGAUCAACGACUUGAAUGCUGAAAGCAUUAGAACUGAACUUGAUCAAGAAAAGAAAGACCACACUAAGACCCAAUUGAUUAAAGGAAAGUACGAGAAUGAUAUCGCUGAAAUCAUAGUCAGAGCUGAAACAUUUGAGAAGAACGUCCAUAUGGCCGAACAAGAGAAGGUCAAGACUAUAAGAGAUUAUAAGGCUGCUUCUGAAGAAUUGAUGAGAACAAAUACAGAACUCGAUGAGAAACAAGACGAAUGCGAUAAACUUGAAGACGAUAUGUCCGAGAUGAAGACUGAAUUGGAGGCUCUUGAACAAGUUGCUAAGACUUAUAUCAUCACCACCAAAUGCAAAGAGACCGAGACUGUCUUGAGGAUAAAUAUAUAA